AGGUUGGUUCUCAGUCUUGUCAUCUUCGAUGGACGCGAUAACGUCAACAGAAAUAGGCUUUCUUCGGCUACUUGCUAUCUGGUAAUGCCGAAUAUGCAUUUCAUCCGACUGGAUGCCAAAGAUUUGGAAUUGGAAGCGAAAGACAAGCCUCCCGACGGUACAGUCGACGUCUGGCGCCAACGACUCACCGGUUGGGGCCGAGCCCUCUGCAGACGCAAUGAACGCCAGCCUAACGCAGAAGGUCGAAAUGACGAGUCUGCCGUAUUGGAGACUCCACUGGGAGGCUUGAUUGGCAUCAAAGCUCCCCUCGUCAAGGGUGCCGUCUCCACAGGCACCGAACAGGAGAGAAGCCAGACGCGUCGGCUUCAAUGUCCCCUGCGUUCACACGCCAAGUCCACAUCGUGUGGCCUCACUUUGCCCACUUUUGAGGCGGCCCGCCGGCGAAUAUACCUCCAUCCGCGGCUGACAAGGAUUCCAUGGCAUGUUUGGGGCUGCCAGACAGCCUGCCUUGGUGACAAGAUCUUUGUGGUCGGUGGCCUCACAAACUACAGGUCGACAUCAGAGGUCAUGGCCUACGUGGUAGCUGAAGAUCGAUGGCAGGAAUGGCCGUCAAUGUGUCGCGAACGCAGUUUUCACGCGCUCUGUACCACCGAACAUGGUAUCUAUGCCCUCGGCGGCGAAGGUAAGAACGGACCAAUUCAGUAUUCUUGCCCCAGAAAAGCAAAGCAUCAUUGCAUGUUCUACCAGUGUUGA